AUGAAGUUUAAAUUAAUAUUUGUAGGAUCGUUAUCUCAAAAAGUUGGUAUUCAUUCUUUUAUUAAAAGAUAUAUUGAUGGUGUAUAUCAUCAAGAUGGUGGUAGUGAUGAUGGAUUAAAGAAAGUUAUAGGAUCAGUAGAUUUGAUAACAAAAGAAAUGGUCGACCAAGACAGUAGUAGCGCCGAUCAACUUUUAAUAUUCAUGCCAUUUCGUAGUAGUGAAGCUAGAUUUAUUAUCUUUCCCAGUGCCUAUCUUAAAGCUGUCGAUGGUAUAUUUCUUUUCUUUGAUGUUACCAACAAAGCUAGUUUUAAGAAAUGUAAAGAAUUGUAUGGUGAUAUGAAAAAGGAGUAUGGUGUCAUCACUCAAGAUAAUAAUGAAAAGGGACCUAUUAUAGUGGCAUUGAUUGGUUGUAAAUGUGAUAUAGAACAAGACAAAAGACAAGUAUCAAUCGAUGAAGCCAUACAAUGGACCAAAGAUAACAAACUCGCAUUCUAUCAAGAAACAAGUGCAAAAGAUAAUAUUGGUAUUGAUAAUGCUUUUAAUACAAUCUAUUACUCAAUGUUGAUGAAUAUAAACUAA